CUUUUUGACAGAAGCAAAUUUGUAUAAUUUUUGUUUUGAUUUCUGAUUUGCGGCAAAAUAAAAUUUAUUUAAUAAACAUGAAACUAUAUUGCUUAAGCAACGACCUAGCAAAACCCUGCUAUGUAAUAACAUUCAAGGGACUCCGCAUUAUGCUAGACUGCGGCCUCACCGAACAAACUGUUCUCAAUUUCCUCCCAUUGCCAUUCGUUCAAAGUUUCAAGCUAUCCAAUUUGGCCAAUUGGAUUCCGAAUCGAGAACAUGACCAACAAAUGGAUGGCGAAUUGAAAGAAUGUUGCGGUCGUGUCUUUGUCGAUUCAGCUCCCGAAUUCACUUUGCCAAUGGACAAGUUGAUUGACUUCAGUGAAAUUGAUGUCAUCUUGAUAUCAAAUUAUCUCAAUAUGCUUGCCAUGCCCUAUAUAACUGAGAGAACAGGAUUUAAGGGAAAAGUCUAUGCCACAGAGCCAACUCUUCAGAUUGGACAUUUUUUCCUCGAAGAACUUGUAGAGUACAUUGAAGUGGCGCCAAAAGCAAAUAAUGCAAAUUUAUGGAAGGAAAUGUUACAUCUAUUACCGCCGCCUUUGUGUGAUGCAUUCAGACCAAAGAAAUGGAAACAAAUUUUCAAUAUCAAAGAUGUCCAAAAUAGUUUAGCGAGAGUUACUAUCACAGGAUAUGACGAGAAAUUGGAUAUCUAUGGAGCCUUCAUUGCGACACCUGUAAGCUCUGGUUACUGCCUGGGUUCCAGUAACUGGGUUCUAAACACUGCACACGAGAAGAUUUGCUAUGUUAGUGGCUCAUCAACUCUAACAACCCAUCCUCGACCCAUCAACCAAGCCGCUUUGAAACAUGCCGAUGUACUUAUCAUGACUGGGCUAACUCAGGCACCAACAGUGAAUCCAGAUACAAAACUGGGUGAACUCUGCAUGAAUGUUGCUGUCACUAUAAGAAACAAUGGCUCUGCUCUAAUUCCUUGCUAUCCAUCUGGAGUAGUAUAUGAUCUCUUUGAAUGUCUCACACAGAAUCUUGAAAACGCUGGACUCAAUAAUGUUCCAAUGUUUUUCAUUUCUCCUGUUGCCGAUAGUUCUUUGGCUUAUUCCAAUAUUUUGGCUGAGUGGCUCAGUUCGGCCAAACAGAAUAAAGUCUAUCUUCCUGAUGAUCCGUUCCCUCAUGCAUUCUAUGUUCGGAAUGCUAAGUUGAAGCACUACAAGCAUGUAUACUCGGAAGGGUUUAGCAAAGAUUUUCGGCAGCCAUGUGUCGUGUUUUGUGGUCAUCCGAGUUUGAGAUUUGGCGAUGCGGUGCAUUUUAUUGAAAUGUGGGGUUCAAAUCCAAAUAAUUCAAUCAUUUUUACAGAACCUGACUUCCCAUAUCUUCAAGUACUGGCUCCCUUCCAACCAUUGUCCAUGAAGGCAUUCUAUUGUCCCAUUGACACAUCACUUAACUAUCAACAAGCAAACAAGCUGAUUAAGGAAUUAAAACCUAGUGUUUUAGUCAUUCCUGAAAACUAUACAAAACCCCAUCCAAUUGCGCCGCAACUUUAUAUUGAACAACCGGACAAGAAAAUCAUCACAUUCAAAUGUGGCGAAAUUAUUCGAUUGCCACUUAAACGAAAAAUGGAUCGAGUUUAUCUUACAUCUGAAUUAGCAUCGAAAAUUGUUCCUCGUGAAAUAACUCCCGGGGUAACAAUGUCCACUUUAACUGGAAUUCUUGAAGUUAAAGAUAAAGUGCAUAAUAUUGCUCCAUGUGAUGAGGAUUCGGAUAAUAAAGCAAAUACAAGUGCUGGCACAACUCUACAUCCACCUAAACGUGAAGAAGUUCUAAAGAAAGUUAAAUAUGAAUACGGAGGAGUAGAUAUAGAUUUGUUUAUGAAGAAAUUGGCGCAAGAUGGAAUUACAGAUAUUAAGACAGAACGAAUUGGAGGUGUAUUAACGAUAAGCAUACCAAGUGAAGAUACGAUAAUUAAAAUUGAUGAAAAUUCAACGCAUAUUGUGUGUGGGGGUAAGCAGUCGUUGAGACUGAAAUUGAGAGAUUCCCUUAUGAAAUGUGUGCAGAGUUUUUGAGAAAAUAUACAUAAUUAAAAUAAGUAUUU